AUGCUUGCUUCCGGUGCAGGGACUGGAGGUAGUAGUACACCAGAUUCAAAUGAAUUUGUUCGUGGUACUAGUCCCGAAUUUACAGACGAAUUAGGUGAACUUGUUCCAGUACUUGACUCAAUACAUUUAGUUCCAUAUAAAAAAAGUUCCCUAGUUGGUUCCUCCUCUCCUUUUGAUCCUAAAAAAGUUAAAGUUACUGUUCAGCGUCCUGGUGACCAAAAAGCCUAUCAAUGUGGACCACAUCUUAGAAAAACCAAGAAAACAGACUCAGAUGCUAUCAAAGAAAUUAAUCGUUGUCGUGAGGAGAAUACUACACGUUUAGACUUAACUAAAGGUCAACUACACUUUCUACCACCAUCAAUACGUGAUGUUGCACAUCAUCUAAAAGAACUUUAUCUAUAUUGCAAUAAAUUAGUGAAUUUGCCGAAUGAAAUUGGUACAUUGUUUGCAUUGGAAAUUUUAAUGGUACAAGAGAAUUCAUUAAGUGAUCUGCCAGAAACAUUAGCACAAUGUACACAAUUACGUGUAUUAGAUAUAAGACAUAAUAAAUUAUGUGAAAUCCCUCAAGUUGUUUAUAAACUACAUAACUUGACACAUUUAUUUCUACGUUUCAAUCGAAUUCGUGUAGUGGAUGAAGAAAUUAAAUAUUUAACCAAGCUUCAAGUUCUUAGUUUACGAGAGAAUAAAAUCCAUACACUCCCAGCUGAUCCUGGUAUCGGUCAAUUGACCAAUUUGAUUACAUUAGAUGUUUCACAUAAUCAUUUGGAGCAAUUAUCUGAAAAAAUUGGUCAUUGUCAAAAAUUGUGCACAUUAAGCCUACAACAUAAUGAACUACGUUCGCUACCGAAUACAAUUGGUGAUUUAAAAAUGUUAGAAAAUAUUGGCUUGAAAUAUAAUCACUUGGAAUCAUUACCAGAUUCGUUAGCACUUUGUACAAAUCUCUUAGAAUUAAAUAUUGAAGGCAACAAUAUUUGGCAGUUACCGGAGGGACUGCUAACACAUUUGAAAAAAGUUUCCUGUGUGACAUUGUCAAGAAAUUAUUUUAAUAUUUUUCCAUCUGGUGGUCCUCAGCAAUUUACUUCAAUACAAUCUCUCAAUAUGGAGUACAAUCAGAUAACUCGAAUACCGUUUGGUAUAUUUUCACGAGCAUCAAAUUUAACUAAAUUAAAUAUGAAAGAUAAUCAAAUCGGUGCUUUUCCACCGGAUAUUAAAAGUUGGACAAGUUUAGUUGAAUUAAAUGUUGGUACAAAUCAAUUAACAAAGCUUCCAGAUGACAUAGAAUAUUUAAUUAAUUUGGAAGUAUUAAUUUUGAGUAAUAAUCAAUUAAAACAAAUCCCAGUAACUAUUCGAGAAUUACAAAAACUACAAGUUUUAGACUUGGAAGAAAACCAUUUAGAAAGUUUACCGCCAGAUAUUGGUUAUCUAGGCGAACUUCAAAGAUUGGUGGUCCAAUCGAAUAGACUGACUAGUUUACCUCGAGAAAUUGGUCGCUUAUAUAAUUUGAUUUAUUUAGCCGUUGGUGAAAAUGAACUACAAAGUAUACCAAAUGAAAUUGGUGAUCUACAUAAAUUGGAAACAUUAUAUUUAAAUAAUAAUUUGAAUUUACAUGAUCUUCCAACUGAAUUAGCUAUGUGUUGUAGUCUACAAAUGAUGUCCAUUGAAAAUUGUCCUUUAACUCAAAUUCCUGUUGAAGUUGUAACUGGUGGUCCUUCACUAGUAAUUCAAUAUCUACGUCUACAGGGCUCUUUCAGUCAUAUAUGA